GUGUGUUAAUAAUGUUGGCAACAAGAGUUCCUUUGACGGCGAUUUUCGUCAUAUUAUUUGGAGGAGUAACAAGUCUUCGAGACGUCAUGCUGCUAGUUGAACCAUCAACAAUCAUACGAGGAGGCACGGCCGCACUCAUCUGCUCUAGAGACAUGCAGGGGUCUCCAUUGUACUCGGUCAAAUGGUACCGCGGUAACCACGAGUUCUACAGAUACACUCCUCUUGAAGAGCCAGCUACAAGAGUCUUUGGUUUGCCUGGAGGCUAUGUCGAUAUGAACAAUUCGAACGGAACGCAAGUUUUGGUGCGAAGAAUGGACUUGAGUCUGGCGGGGAACUUCAGCUGUGAGGUCACAGCCGACGCGCCAUCCUUCGCCACUCAAAUCAGCUACAAAUUCAUUGAUAUAAUCGCCCUGCCCGAAUCCGGCCCGGUAUUAAAGGCGGAUAAAGACCGGUACCAACCCGGGGAGGUGCUUCAGGCUAACUGCACGUCGUCUCCGGCGAGACCAGCUGCCAAUCUCACGAUAUACAUUAACGAAGAACCUCUUCGUUCAUCAGAAACUAGUUUUCACCCAUCAGAGAAUGGGCUGCUGUGGACUAGUGUGAAGGCAGACGCUAAAGUCAGCUCAGAACUCUUCGUCGGAGGAAGGAUGAGGGUUGCCUGUGUGGCCACCAUACACAAUGUUUACAAAAACUCCUCGAAUUUGGACUUCUUUACUCCAGAAACGGAUCCUAGGCCAGAACGAAUAACCCUGAACAGGAGUUCCAAAGCGUUUCCCAGCUGGAUCUUCUUAAUGUUCCUGCUCUUGCUGCCGAUGAUGGUGAUGUCCCAGGACUACUUCGCAUACGAAGACCUGCCUUCUUACGACGAACAGAAGUACGAAGACACAAUUAGAUCAAUGAUCGGGGCCUGAUUUUGUUAGAUAGACUAUAUUUUAAUUUAAUGAUUCGCUGUUAGAUUGGAUUAAGGUCUGACAGUAAAAUUUGACAGAUAUAUAAAAUGAGAAAACACGCUUUAAAAAAGUGGACAAGUUCAAACUCUUAAUUGUACUCCAAUUCAAUCAGAGAAAUAUCCUUUAAGACAGUGUCAGUCUACCCUUGCGAGCUAAUUGUGACUCCACGUAUCCACAGGCUCUAGCAAAUUUUUAACAAUAGAUAAACAUGACCUUGUUUGCCUUACGGUAAUAAUGCGAGUAAUUUAUAGCGUGUUCAUGAGUGCUCACGUUCGGCAGCGUGAAGAGCACCUUAAUCCAAAGAAGACAAUUUUGUGAGAUUGUGAUUGUACAUGUAAACACAUAAGUUUAUUAAGAAUAAGCACGAAUUCUAAUAGUUAAGUUUAUAAAUGUAUUUAAGGAUCACAAUUUUAAUAUUUGUAAUUUUCUUAUAAGAAAAACUUUGAAUUGAAAUCGGCGGCUUGACUACGAUGAUAAUUUUCAUUCCAUUGCGGCGCGUGGGAAAGAGAUGCCGCUAAUGUUAACAUUAUGUAAAUGAUACUUAUUGGUUUGGUUCGUAAUUAAUUAAUAUGCUACUAAAACUCAUCAUUUCAUUAUCAGAACGUCAAAUGUACUACAGUGUCUUAAAUUAAGAAAUCGUAUUGUUUCCGAUGCACUGUGAAUAGCUAAGACUUUUUUAGGUCAUGGACCCUAAGAUGAACCAACCACACAUGAGUCCGAUUGAACGAGAUUUUUGCACAGAUUUGGCAUGAGGACUGGCUCGUGUUGAAAAAUGACGAUAGGAAGAUCUUCCUUAAGAUCAGACCUUUGUAGACCGACUCUCCGAAAGUUUUUGUUACUUACUCAUGGUAGGACCUCUUGUGAGUCC